AUGGAGUACAGAGACAUCAGCUAUGUUCCGGCGUUGUACAAAAUCUUCGAUGAGAUCCUGGUCAAUGCUGCUGAUAAUCUGCAACGAGAUUCGAAAAUGAAGGCUAUCAAGGUCGACAUUGACCGUUCCAAAGGAAGGAUCAAGGUGUGGAAUGAUGGAAAAGGAAUUCCCAUACAGCUGCACAAGAAGUACAAGGUCUUUGUGCCGGAGCUGGUGUUCGGUCACCUGCUGACCAGCGACAACUACGACGACUCUGAGCGAAAGGUUACUGGAGGUCGCAACGGAUAUGGUGCAAAGCUCACCAAUGUCUUUAGCAGGAAAUUUGUGAUCGAGACUGCAGGUGGUGGGAAGAAGUACAAGCAAGAGUGGACUGGCAACAUGAGCAAGAAGGGAAAGCCGCAGGUCACCAAAGGAUCUUCUGCAGCAUCCUAUACGUCCGUGGAGUUCUGGCCAGACCUGAGCAAGUUCGGGAUGAAGGAGCUUGAG